AUGAUAAUCACGGGAGUUUCGAGGGCACAGCAUUGUUUUACAAGGGAAGACAACAAAGUACCUUACCAUUGGGAGGCGUUUCCCGGGUUAAAUGGAUUCUACAAUGGGAUUCAAACGCUCGUAACCUUUGCGGAUUGGGUUUCAGAACAGAGAUCACCACCAGGAGCCGAAAUCAAGGCCCACGAUCAGCCGCCAUUUAACCCACAAGUGGUUGAUCCAUUUCCCAAUUUCACCUCUGAGAAGUAUCUAAAGCAACACCAUCCUGUACGUCCCUGUUACUUGGACGACGACGAAAGAUACCCAGCUCCAGAUAUAUAUGCAUACCCCGGCGUCCCCGCCAAAUUACCCGCCCCGGCUUGGGGAGCCUACGAUACGUUAGAGAUUGCCCCAGACCGAUGUUAUGAACGAUUUGGGCGCUUUGGUUCAUACGGUUACAGCUAUGGUCGCGAGGAAGGUGGCCUAGGCCUUUCGAAGAAUUCUGAAAACCUAGGGACGGAGAAGGUGCAGAUGAUGAUCAACAAAGUCGACUACCGCAAGGUGAACUGGGGUAGAGCCCAGAAGCGCUGCUUCGAUAAAAAUAAGAAACGUUUUGAUAGGAAGAAUGACGCAUCUGAGGAGUCUAAUAACAAGAAAAAGAGGUUACCGCGCUCAGCUUUGGUACUUCGUACGUGGACGGGAUAUGAGUACAGCGAUAUCCAACUCCUUACCAUGAGAGCUAUGAUCAAUGAGUUGUCUCUCAAAUCUGGUGGUGAGUAUGAUGUGCACUUGCUUGUUCAUGUCAAGGAUAACAGUCUCCCGAUAUGGGCAUCCGAGGAAAUUUAUGACCGAACGCUCAGGGAAAAUGUGCCCGAGGAAUUCUGGGACAUUGCGACGCUAUGGUCAGAGCAACAGAUGAAAACCUACUACCCUGGCCCGUUCCUCGACGAGGAUAACAUAGCCAAUCAUGCAGGUGCCUAUAUUUACGGCGUUUACCGAGCUGCGCAUUUCGCCUUGCAAUGGUUUUCUCAGCAACACCAGGAAUAUGACUUCAUUUGGAAUUGGGAGAUGGAUUUACGCUACGUCGGCCAUUAUUAUGAGUUUCUCAACGGCGCAUCGAACUGGGCAGCAAAGCAGCCUCGAAAAUAUAUGUGGGAGCGUAACUCACGAUUCUGGAUCCCAGAGUAUCACGGACCCUGGCCCCAGUUUUGUGGCCUUGUUGAGAAUGAAACUAUAGCAGAAGGAGAGACACCUGUUUGGGGCCCUAUAGCAUUUCCAGCUGGCAAAUACGGGGUCCUACCACCGCUCAAUGAUGUGAAGCCGCCAACUCCGGUCGAAGAAGACGACUAUGAGUGGGGUGUGGGCGAGGCCGCGGACUUGAUCACGUUUGAUCCCAUCUUCGACCCGUCGAAGACUAAAUGGGUGUUUCGGAAUGACGUUACGGGUUACGAUACUGCGGUCGAUGCCCCUCCACGACGGGCCUCUAUCGUUACUGCUGCGCGUCUGUCGAGGCGGCUGUUGAACACAAUGCAUGAGGAAACGUGGCGUGUACACCACACGAUGUUCCCUGAAAUGUGGGCAACAAGUAUCGCAUAUCACCACGGAUACAAGGCUCUAUAUGCACCGCACCCAGUCUAUCUUGAUAGGGACUGGCCUUUGGACGUGCUUGACAAGACGUUCAACAAACCCCUAACACCGGAAGACAGCCCCUUUGCAGGCCAGGGCGAACACAAUAUGCAGGGAAGCACCUUCUACUACAACUCGGGAUUCAGUGGCGCGCUUUGGCGGCGUUGGCUAGGUGCCUUUGAGAAUGGGGAGGGGGGCCGCAAGACCGAAGAGGAGGGGACAUCUCGAAUGUGUCUCCGACCACUAUUACACCACCCUAUAAAACAUGAAGCUGUGGAGUAA